AUGCAAGAGGAGACAAACUCAUUUACCAGCAGUGUCUUAUCUGAUAAUCCAAUGAUGAGUGAAUAGGAUGCUCAACUAAUAGUUUAAAGUUACAAUACUACAAUUCAAUCACUGGUUAAAGAGAAUGAUGUAUUAUAAAAGAAACUGGAUGAAUAUGUUUAAAACGAGAAAGAAGAGGAGCAGAAGUUAUUACAAACUAAAUAGCAAUAUGAAAAAUAAAUAACAAGAAUGGAAUACUUAAAGCAGCAAUAAUUAUUGAUUGAUUAAGAAAGAGAACAGAUAUUUACUAGUUCUGUAUUUGAGUAAUAAAAGUAGUUGGUUCCUAAUGCCGUAAAUUAUUUAUAUGAGUUUCUGCAUUAAGAUUAAAAACAACCAUCUCAUACAAAUAUAAUUCAUAAUCAAGGAAUGGAUACCCAAAAUUCAUUAAUGCAAUUUGAUGAAGAAGUAUCACCAAAAAUAGAAUAAAAUGACCCUUAAUUAUUAAAAGACUUGCAUAAAUAAAAAGAAGAGCUUGGAAAUCAAAAAAACUUACUCAUCUCAUAAAUUUUAAAAUCAAUUUCUAAAUAUGCUGAAUUGCAAUUACAAAAAUGUUCGAAAAAGGAGUGCUAAUAAUGUCAUCUAUUAUAUAACCCCAGAACGAAUUAUAUAGAUUCUUGUUUAUUUCACAGCGGCAAAUUAAAAUUUUAUUCUUGUAAAAAAUGUGGAGCAGAUGAUUACUAUACUUGCUGUAAUAAGUGCAUUAGAUGUAGUGAAGGAUGCAAAACUAAUUUCCAUCAACCAAAACCAUGA